AUGCUGAAAGAAAAGAUUUAUGCUUGGUACCCCCAAGUCGAUGUUGUUGAUUACACAGCAGUAAAACCAGACUCAUAUGAAAUUGAGUGUCUGUAUCGACAAGCGACCAAUCAACACCUCGAAAAGUACCGCCCUUCCGAUAUCAACGUCCCAACGAUCGGUUUCCGGAUCAGCCGGAAGACGGCACAAGAAGAAGAAAAACAAUUGUCCCCCGUUGAGUUUCUGAGACGAUGUAAAAGCGUCCCUCUUCUCCAGCCGGAACCGUGUGAUGAGCUUGAUUCACGCCAGUUAACAAGCGAUGCUCGUUCCAAACCGGAAACUAAAACGCCACCCGCAAUCCCGAACACCGAGCAACCGACGAACGAAGUGUCUUCCCCUAAAUCAAACCAGCAUUUGCAAACGCCUACUCAAAGUUCGUUAGUAGUAAACUUUGAUUCUAAAUCUUCGACAAGGGUUCGCCCUUACUCAGCGUCCGUGGAGACCGGAAAUAAACCUGAUGAGAAACAAUGUAUUCGGAAAAUCUUGUCAGCGCGAAUAAAUCGACAUUCUAAAACGCAGCGAUCUGUCGACUCGCCCACGAUAGUUGUAACUCCUCCUGAUGGCGCCGUUGGUAACACUGACAUCACUAAAGCUUCACUCUUAAAAUCAUCUAUACCAGCCCCAGGAAAUAUUCUUAAAAAUUCCGCUAACGGUGUCUUUGGAUCCCGAAACAGAGCAAGUAGUUUCUCGAGCCGUGUGUAUCGGCCCAGGAUAACAUCGGCAGACGGUCGAGGAAGAGGAGCUAAGAAGGAAAAUCCUAACAAAAGUAACACAAAAUAUAUCGAUUACAGUUCGAAGAUUUUAGGCUCAUCGAACCGAAGUAUAGAUAAGCAAACAUCGGAAAUAACUGACCCAAACAAUUUCUCUGGCCGACAUCAAAUUCGUGGUGUGGUUCAAAAUGAGAACAAGAAUGUGCUUCAAAAUGUCGCCAUAACCGGUAAGAAUGUGGUCGCACUCGGCAAGAAGGACAAGGGGGAUAACUCUCUAGAAAAUUCUCGGAUCGAAGUUCGACAACCAUCGAAAGGGGACUCGGUAAAACCGGAAGUAGAACCGAGCAAAAGCGCAUGUGCAAAUAUGGCUGAUGUCAGAAAGCUGGCGAUCAAGGAAAUUGCCCAGUACGACUUCGAUGAGUAUGAGCGAAGUUUACGCGAAAAUGGUUGGCGAAUGGAACUCCAGGGAAAUAAAUUUGGGUUAAAGAAAACACCUAUUCGUCUUCCUUACUGGGUGCCUUUGGUCGUCCCAAAAGUAUCGGAACGACCGCCUGUCUUUCAUACGAAAGCGUCCAGCACCUUCUUUUAUAACACAAUACCAAGUCGGCCGAAACGAAUCACUGUUUCCCAAAACUGGCACUCUGAAAUCGGAUACGAACAACGACUGGCUAAUAUUAACCGGAAGAGGCGUGGUUACCACUACCGGAACUGGUCAUUCGUUUAUUAA